AUGUCAUCUUACCCUCCAAUGAUGCUUUCUGACUCACAAAGAGUUAUGCUAGAUGUGAUUUCUAACACUUUUAUUGGUCCAAUGACUGUUGAAGAAGAACAAACGCUUGCAAACAAGAUUAGAUCCAAGAGCAAUAUAUAUCAUGUCUCUGAAGCCCACGUAUCCUCCUUAUCAAAGAUUUCUGCCGCAUCGCUUGAUAUUACUUCCAUUAUUGUUCAAGCUCUUGGAAGUACGCUUCAUUCAGACAAAAGACUCGAUUUGACAGCCAUUCUUGACACACUGAGUACUCGAAACGGCUCGCAUCUUCUUACAGGUCAUCCUCAACUCUUGACAUAA